AGUUUUUAAGUGAGGACCAUAAUCAAUUUAGUUCUCUCAAUGUUUCGUUGAAAAGCAUUUUAAGCACCAAGCGAACCAGCAUCACAUUAAGCAAAAAUAGUGUUCGUUCCUUUUAUAAGAAAGAGAAAAAAGUCACCCUAACGGAAAAAGUUAGAAACUACGAAAAGAAGUUAAAAGACGACUGCUUAACCGACGCCCAAAAUUGCGAUUAUUUUAAGUUCUUCAAUCGCAAAGAAAAGCGGUUAUAUACUCGCUUCCUAGAUAAAAUUGAGGCUAAUUUUGAAGGCACGGAAGCCAAACAACCCGCCCUUUUCUUAACUCUAACCUUUAACACCACGCAAGAUAAUUUAUACGCUUUUACGACCAACGCCGACCCCAAUCAUGAUGUUGACCCGCAUUGCGAAACCAAGAUUAUUUUACUUCGCAAAAUGCGUAAAGAGGACGUGAGUAAUUAUGAAAAAGCCAGCCAAUAUUUAACGAAAUUUCUCCGAAAUGUGCUAGUCAUUGCCGAAUUACAAAAAAACGGUGUCUGGCAUUUUCAUUUACUUUCCACUCCGCUAAUUCCUUAUUCUCAUAAAUGUUGUGGCGAAAAAAAUUUUGCCUCUUGUUGGAAUUGUCGCGUAGAAAGCCGCACUCCGGGCAAAAAAACCGUGGGGCAAUAUCUCGCUAAAUAUUUAGCGAAAAGUUUUCAUUUGCGGUCGCUUUAUCGGCAACACGGAUUUAAAGAGCAUAACAAAGCCUAUCGUUUUUUUAAAAAUCUUUACGAUUACGAGGAAAGAGAGGCAGCGUUCGCAGGAAAGGGUAAAUUUGAUAAAGAAACCCAGGAGCGGCUAAACGGCAAUCAGCAAAUAUUCCGCCGUUAUGAUUAUAAAUCCCGCCAAACUUCUUAUUUUUACCGCACUAAUGAAAAGCAAACGGGAGAAGCCGCCCAACCUUUUCGCCGUAGCAAAAAUUUUCGUUUGUCUACUUCCUUAAACUACCGAAAUUUAGCGAAAUUAGCCCGAAAAA